AAAGCUGUCGUGGGUUAAAGAAGUUCAAUAGGGUGCACCGGCUGACCGCGUUGGCGCAAUUAACUUUAUUCAGGAGAUCUCCAGGUUCACUUUUCAGAUCUCAGUCAUGGCCGCGAUAGCAGUGCGUUCUCUCCUAAAGAAGAGGGUGCUUUUGCAGUUGGGACACAGAUGUUACUCCAGUUCUGUGCCCACCACAAAGUUGUUUAUUGAUGGAAAGUUUGUUGAAUCCAAGAGUUCAGAAUGGUUAGACAUUCACAAUCCCGCCACCAAUGAAGUUAUUGGCCGGGUCCCUAAAGCCACGCAGGAGGAGAUGCUGGCUGCUGUGAACUCAUGCUCGCAUGCCUAUCGCUCAUGGUCUGAGACUUCCAUUUUGACUCGCCAGCAGGUUUUCCUCCGCUACCAGCAGCUCAUUAAAGACAAUAUUAAAGAGUUGGCCAAGCUGAUCACUCUGGAGCAAGGAAAAACCCUGGCAGAUGCUGAGGGCGAUGUGUUUAGAGGAUUACAGGUGGUAGAACAUGCAUGUAGCAUCACAUCACUUAUGCUGGGGGAGACUUUGCCCUCCAUCACUAAAGACAUGGACACCUACACAUACCGGCUGCCCCUUGGUGUCUGCGCAGGCAUCGCCCCCUUCAACUUUCCCGCCAUGAUCCCACUCUGGAUGUUCCCAAUGGGCAUGGUGUGCGGGAACACGUACCUGAUGAAGCCCUCAGAGCGUGUACCUGGAUGUACAAUGAUGAUGGCCAAGCUACUGCAGGAUGCUGGAGCUCCAGACGGGACACUCAACAUCAUCCACGGCCAGCAUGAUGCUGUGAACUUUAUCUGUGAUCACCCUGCUAUAAAGGCUAUCAGCUUUGUGGGCUCCAACCAGGCAGGAGAGUACAUCUAUGAAAGAGGCUCUAAAAAUGGCAAGAGAGUGCAAUCCAACAUGGGGGCAAAGAACCAUGGUGUGGUAAUGCCAGAUGCUAAUAAAGAGAACACCCUGAACCAGCUGGUGGGUGCUGCAUUUGGAGCAGCUGGCCAAAGAUGUAUGGCACUUUCCACUGCUGUCCUGGUUGGAGAAGCUCGCAACUGGCUGCCUGAACUGGUAGAACGAGCCAAGAACCUGCGUGUCAAUGCAGGUGACCAGCCAGGUGCUGAUCUUGGACCCCUGAUCACCCCUCAGGCCCGGGACCGUGUAAACAAACUCAUCCAGAGUGGAGCAGAAGAAGGUGCAACACUGCUGCUUGAUGGUAGGAAUGUGAAAGUGAAGGGCUAUGAAAAUGGCAACUUUGUGGGACCCACCAUCAUCAGUAAUGUCACACCUGAUAUGCAAUGCUACAAGGAAGAGAUCUUCGGCCCGGUCUUGGUGGUCUUAGAAGUUGACACCCUGGAUGAUGCAAUCGGCAUCAUCAACAAAAAUCCGUAUGGAAACGGAACUGCCAUCUUUACCACCAAUGGUGCUGUAGCUCGCAAAUACACUCACGAGGUGGACGUUGGCCAGAUUGGAGUGAAUGUACCAAUUCCUGUUCCCCUACCCAUGUUCUCCUUCACUGGCUCCAGGGGCUCUUUCAGGGGUGAUACCAAUUUCUAUGGCAAACAAGGCAUUCAGUUCUAUACACAGAUCAAAACUGUUACUUCACAGUGGAAGGCAGAGGAUGCAACAGUAAAAUCUCCAGCAGUGACAAUGCCGACUAUGGGACGUUAACAGACUUCCACCUAUGCUGACUUCACCCAAAACCCUGAAGUGAAGACUAUACUGCACAGAUAAGGGUAUAGAGUGACUUGGUUUUGCUAGCAUAGAAAUGGAAGUUAAUCACUGACAUGUUCCUGUAGGCUGUGUAACUUAUUGACACUGUUCCAAACUCCUAUAUUUCUUUCUAUGGCUUUGUUUACUUGUCAAUUUUUAUGCCAACAACUAUGAACAGUAUUUGUCAACUGUAAUUUCAUCUUCAGUUGUUUCUACACGAAAGCCAACAGAAAUAAAUAAAAAACUACA